AUGCAAUCUCCAUCUUUCCAACAGCAAAGAAAAACCAAUCGUGUGUGGCUGUCGAAGCCUUCCGCUGGCAUUUCCAUCCCGCUGCACAUGUUGUUCUUUACGUCUGGCAGAUAUGGAACGGUCCAUUCUACCUCUCCUAGGAUGAAAACACCUGCCAAAACAAUCCUGAAAGGGCAAGGACCUCUCCAAGAUAAUAGGCGAGUAGACGGCUUUAUGGAUGCAAUUAUGUAUCUUGAAUCGAAUGUUUCUGAGGAUUCGGGUUUUGUGAAGCGCGGCAUUUUGACCGAUAUAAACCAGCCAUACUUUGGCUACAUCAUUUCCAAGCUCAGGGAAGCGCCAUCGAUUUCGAUUAAGCUGGAAAGGACUACAAUUUUGGUCCCAAAUGGGGACCGCGCUCGGAACAGUGGUGGAGCACAUACCGGUAUAGCCCCUGAGGCCGCUCUUAAAGCCCUUGCGAAGAUUAAUUUUGAGUUGACAAUUAUUCUUGUUAUUGCUGAUAUCAACUGGAAGCUGUCGUUGACAAAGUCACCGGCCAAGAACCAGUUCAUUGGAUCUCUCAUGAUAAUAGCAUCGCGUAGAUGCAAACUCUUGAUGCGAUAUACGAGAAAUCCGAACCAACUAGGCAAGAGGCCCAGCAAGUUUACUUCAUCGAAAAUCUAUGAGAGGGAUUAUUGUUUGUUGAUCCAUAUCCCACCGCUUGUCACAAAAUUGACCCUGUAA